CUAGGUGCAGGUGAAACCGGACGUGUUUCUGCCGCCGGCUCUUGAACGUCCGGUGUGAAGGCGGAGCCGCAGUUAUAGCUGGACUGUAAACACCGCCUAGCCGUUAGCCCUCACAGCUAACCCGACUUUUAGUGCAGUGUUCAGAAGUGCAUCAGAAGUGUGCGACUGUAGAGGCAGAAUGGGGUCCCCUCUCCCCCUCUCCUCACUGCGUCUCCUUGUCCCUCCUCUCCGCCUGCUGACGGCAGCAAUGUGGCAGGUCGCUCGGAAGCAGAGCGUGAAGCAUUAUGGGAUGUUGGAGGACUUUGUUUCCCUCGUAACCGAGGCAGUCCCACAGCUGCUUACAGACAGGCAGAGGAGCUUGCUGCUGCUGGCUCUGAGGACCAAGGUGACCCUCUCUGACCCGGACCCCCAGGCUGUCCACACUCACCUGGACAGGAUCCGCUCCAUCUCCAAGGCAACGCAGCCGGAUGAAGAGGUAGACGAACGGUGCUCGGCUCUGUUGACUUUACUGACUGAUAAGCUGAGCCCUGCAGACAGACAGCGCCUCCUGCAGGAGGUGUUUAACCAGAGUUUUGACUCUGCCGCCCAGUCUCUCAUAUCUGACUUCUUGUCCAGGAUCGACCAGCUUUUCCCUGUCCCCGACUUCAAACAGGCUGCUUUCUGGCUCGAUGCUGCUCCCGGUGGUCUCGAGGACUGCCUGCAGGAGGCGGACCGGGAGGAUCUGAGGGAGCUGCUGACCAAUCAGAGCUGUUUACAGGGCCAAGCAACCACCACAGUGGGUUGUGACACCGAGAAGAUCCUCCUCUCCGCCUGGUCCCACCCCCUCUUCACCAAACUGACCGAUCCUUCACCUCCUCCCGCCGACGCGGAGAUCCAGUCGGAGCCUCUCCCGGGUGUGGUUAGCCCCACGCAGCUGGAUGUGGAGCUGGUAAAGGUGGAGGUGGUGGUGAUGACAGAGGAUGAACAGGAGGAGGUAGAGGAGACUGUGAUCGCUCGGACCAUGUCGCCAGUCGAGCAGGAGGCGUCCAAUGAGAGUUCAGCGUUGGGCGAGGAGGAAUGCUCCGUCACGCCUGUGAUCCUGGAGGUGGACAGGUUGAAGGACUCACCUGGAAACUUUGCAGACCAGUCAGAAGACACAGUCGACCAAUCAGAUCAGUCCUGCUCUGAGGUCACAGCUAAUGCCCUGUACAGCAUUUCCCAUAAUUCUCAGCGUGUGGCUCACAAAUGUCCUCAUUGUGGCAAAUGUUUCAUCUACCGUUCUCAGGUGAUCCGUCACCUGCGUACCAAUAAGUCCUGCGGGUCGGCCUUAACGGCGAAAGGAGCUGUGAACCUGCAGGGUCAACCUGGUAGCCACGACGAAGAGCCCCGCCCCCCGGAGCCCCGCCUCACGGAGUCCCGCCCCCCAGAGCUCCGCCUCACGGAGCCCCGCCCCCUCAGGACCCACUCCUGCUUCCAGUGCAACGCCGUCUUCAAAACCAAAGCUGAGCUCCUGUCACACCAGCGGAGCCACCGGGCCCGCCCAGUUUACCAGUGCAGCCAGUGUGACAAGGAGUUCCACCACCUGUCCAGCCUGACCAAUCACAAGCAGACCCACCUGGACAGAGGAGGGUUCACCUGCAGCAGGUGCGAUAAGGUGUUUGAGUCGGCCAAGGAGAGAGACGCCCACAGACUGCAGCACCGGCUGCCCGACCUCACCUGUACGGUCUGCGACCAGACCUUCAGCUCUCAGACUCAGCUGCUCCGACACCUGCAGACUCACUCUGUGGAGGGAGCUGAGCCCUGCUACAACUGCCGCUUCUGUGACCAAUCCUUCUCAGGAGUGACCCAACUUCGCAUCCACCAGCGCACACACACUUUCCGCUCGUACCAGUGCGACCAGUGCAACAAGACGUACGGCUCCCUGACCGGCCUCCAUUCACACCGGGCCAGCCACACCACCGAGAGCCGCUUCCUGUGCCCGCAGUGUGGCAAACGCUUUAAGACCCGGGAUGGGCUGGAGGGCCACCUGAGGACGCACACCGGGGAGCGGCCCUACCGCUGCCCGUACUGCCCCAAAGACUUCACCGCGCUCGCCGGCCUCAAUGUGCACGUGCGGCGGCACACCGGGGAGCGCCCGUAUGUGUGCACGGUGUGCGGAAAGGGCUGGCCGUCCGGAGGUGACCUGCAGAAACACAUGAGGACCCACACGGGUGAGCGGCCGUACGUCUGCCAGGACUGUGGGAAGGCCUUCUCCAUCUCCUGUCACCUGACCGAACACCGGCGGAUACACACCGGAGAGAAGCCGUUCUCGUGUCCUGAAUGCGGUAAAUGUUUGAGGAGGAAGUUUGACCUGAAGAAACACAUGUUGUCCCACAGCAACAUUCGCCCCUACGCCUGCAUCUACUGCCCCAAGAGCUACACCCGCAAGACUCACCUCAACAGACACCUGCUGACACACAGGACUACUGAGAGUGAAGUGGUGGUGGAGAUGGGCGACGAGGCCUGAGAUACGUGUCAGCAUUUAUCCUCCCAUUAGGACCUGUUUCUUCUCCUGUUGGUGCAUUCUCCAGUUCCGUUUCAUUAGAAAAAAUGUGAUGUUUUUUUGUUGUUUUUUUUUUUGCAUGUUUUAUGAGCUUUAAUUCCAAUGAUCUGUUCUUUAUUCCUGCGGGUUUCAACAUUUAUUUUUAUGUCAUGGACCUGUGGCGGUGCAGUUGUGAGCCUCUUUGUUUAUCGUUUAUUUACUUUUUAAUUUAUAGGGGACAGUGCACUUUAUUCAGCCUCUAUCAGCAUUAAUGUGCCGGCGUCGGUUUAACAGCUGGUCUACGCCCGUGGUCUCGACAAAUCUCAAAAACUUACAAAUGACAAAGAGCAUUAACACGAGUUGAUUGUCAGAAAAUUCAGGGACAACAAUUUUGUAAUUAAUUAAUGGUUAAAGGUAAACAAAAAAUCUUUGGUUCUGGCCUCUGCAACACGAGGAUUCACUCUCAGUCUCUGUUUUAUAUCAUGAAUUGGUCAUCUCUGGGUUCUCAGCUGCUGGUCGGACAGUUGACGACAUCGCCUUCGACUCUGGGAUCAGUUUUAUGCUCUUUUCUGCCGUUUUAUAAACCGAAAGGUUUAGAUUUAACAAAAAAAUUUGCCCACCAGACUUAAGAAUAGUGGAAAUAGUCUUUAGUUGCAGAUAGGGUUGGGGUUCAGUGGAAUUUUAUCGAACCUGAAUCAAAUCUACUGGAAUCCUUUUGAAUUAAUAUUGCUCAGAUGGUUUAACAGUAAAUUUAUGGGGCUAUAAAGAAGCUAAAAGUGCUCUGCUGCACUGCUGGUUCUUCAUACUCUGUGACCUUAAUGUUGGUAGAAAUAACUCUUCGAAGAACAUUAGAAAUCAGAAUUCGGGCAGUGCAAAGGAGUAAAGAGUACAUCCAGGGUUGGGGUUCGAUAGCACUUUAUCGAAUCCAAAUCCAGAAUCACAUCUCUCACUGAAUCUGAUCCACUUUAGCUUUCAUCAAGUGCAAGUAACUAAAUAGGUUCAGGAGUAAAAAUAAGUAAUUAGAAAUGAAGCAAAUUAUAAAUAAGUCUAUGCCGGUUUUCAGUGGCAUCUGCUAAAUUAAUCAACGGCAACAUCAAGGAAGCCUAAUUAAUGUUGAAGACCUGUAGCUUCAACCUAACAUGAGCUGAGCAGCAGACGAUCUGAAAUAUAGAUUAUUGAUUGACAUUGAUUGUUGUGUAACACAGUGAAAUAACAGCUGGAUACUUGAGCCAAAUACUUUUACAGACAGAAUGAUGAUUCGAUUGAUGGAGAAAAUGCUGUGCAGAGUAAUGUUUUGUUGCUUGCAGCCCUGGAGGAGAGAUGGAAGCUGAAUGGAUCCAGGUAUUUUGAAAGCAUCAGUACGGAGGUUUUCCUAAACUGUUGCUGCUCACAGCGGCAUCAAGACGAUAUGGUCACUGAACUGGAAAACGAGUGGGACUGCGAGAGCUUAAGUUUGGUUUCUAGAGGUUUGGUGACUUCCAUCAAAAUGAAAAAGGGUAAAUGCGAUAUCCUGUAUGCUUGUCUGUCCAUGUUUGUUGUUUGGUUUUCAGGCACUGCUGCCAAGUUGCAAAUGACGGACUCGUCAUGGGACUCUAAUGUUGACCUGAAGACAACUUACCUUUGCUCUGAAAUGACGUGGCUUUGGCCUGAAGCUGGAUUGCCGGCCUCACGCUGAGGCUAAUCGUGAAGCGGGAUGUUUGUAGGUCAACGAGGUAACUGUCAAUCGCUGCGGCAGUUUAAUGAUUUAUGAUCUCUGAUGUUUUGAUGUCACUAAUGUGUCCUGAUGUGUGGCUUCCUCUGGAGCCGGCUGCACCAGCUCUUCCUGACUCCAAACUCAGCCUAGUUACAACAUCACCAAAUUAAAACAGGUGGUACAACACAUAGUAGGUAGAAUUCAGUCGUUGUCAAAACGCUGUCUAAUAAUGAUAUAAACUGGAAUGACCAAAAAAACCAUACUUCAGCUUACAAGACAUUGUGCGCUCGCUCUGAAUGCACCGUCGUCUACGUGACUGACGGUGGAGUUAAAAAUCUUACUGAUGAAGGUUGUACCAGCUCUGCAGAAGUCUUCACUCUUUAAAGCCACAUUCGGACGGGGUUGGUGGGCUGAGUUUCUACUCUGCCUGCUGUGGUCAGUGACUCUAACACUGUGCCAGUCCCCGUUGUGACCUCCAGAGCCACGUCCUUGCUUUUUAAAGCGAGUUAUUUUUCCCAGGAGAGCAAGACCCUGUAAGAGGCACAAUAGCAUAUGCCACUAAUAUUUACCACCUCACAUACACCAGUCCCCAGUACUGGAAGACCGAUUUAGAGUUAAAGUACAGAUACCAUGUAAGAAAUUGCAGUACUCCAUUAGUUAGAGCCCUGAAUUCAAACAUUUCCUUAAGCAAAACAGGCUUAUGCAAUUUUCCUGCUCAGAUCACAUCCUGUAAUUUGGAAAUUUAAUUUAAUUUAAAAUCCCGUCCAGGGAGACGAGUCAAAUCACCGAGGGACCACAGGGAAUAUUUCAUCCCCCACCUCCCGCUGCGAUGUUAAUCCUGGACAAAUGGGGGCUCAAGACAUUCCUCCAGUUUUGAUGGUGCAACCGGAUUUGGUAGAGCACUUGUCUGAAACUAAAGAGUGGUCAGUAAAAACUCGUCAAGAACUUUACAGACAAACUCACUGAAGGAUUUAGGAAUAGCUGGUGCAACCCAGUCCGGGUCCAGAGGCUUUCCAAGACAAAAGAAACUCUAAAAUGUAAAAAAUAAGUUAUUUUCGUGUAUUUGUACAUC